AUGAUGGAUCUCCCACCGUUGCCUGUCGCUCGCGACGGCUUCGAAUACUACAACGAUGAAUUCUACGCCAUCGUGCCUCCCCACCGCCGACAUCGCCGCUCCUCCAUCCCCGAACUACGUGCCAUCUUCAACUCAACCCCCAAGAUGACCUCGGUCAAGGACAAGCCUGCGCACUGGUACCGCGCUCAACUGAUUCAUUAUGGCCUCCAGCCAACGGAUAACAAAGAUACCGCUGCGAUGCGCCUCCUUGAUGCCUUGAACAAGGAUACCCUCAAGGUACCGGGCUCCGUUCAACGAUUGGAACGGUUGUUGAAGAAAGAAUACAGCUAUGAGAAGAAUCUUAUCAAAGAGAAGAAGGCUUCUUCGGCUAAAAGAAAGGCUCUGUCCAAACAGAAGGCCCAGUUUAAACAGAAGACCCCGUCUAAAAAGAAGCCAAAGGCGCCAGCUACGAAGAAGCGAGUGAGAGACAUUACCGAUCUCGAUGAUAACGGUGGGCUCUCGAGCCUCGCAUCUCAAGCUGUCGAGAAUUCCAGGAACUCGGGAUGUCUGGGUAUUUCUGUUGCCAACUUGAACGUCAACGUUAAUGUUGGAGGGCUCGAUCGGCCUCGCAAAUCCGCUAAGGCAACGCCGACUGUCGGUGUCAAGCCGGAGUCGGUUGCGCCGCAGGACUCUGGAAGUUCUCGCAGUAUGUGUCCCCGCCCAAUCCUCGGCUGUUUGGACGGCGUCUACAAAAUCGACUCCCUCAUCCUCAGCACCUGCAACUCUGACAUGAUAAUCUGCCUCGACGAUCUCAGCCUCUGGGGCAACUUUCAGCUCGGAUGCGUCAAGGGGGUCCUGUACAUGGCCGAAUGUCCCUGGCCCGUCUGUAACCAGGACGGGGGCGGUUUACCGUUCGUAUGGCGCGCCAGAGACUGCGACACGGGGCUGGGGAUUCGCGGAGAAAAGCACUCCGGGGAGAUGCGGUUUAUGGGGGAUGGUAAUAUCGACGGGAUAUUCCACAAAAUCCCAGAUGGAAAGGGCAAAUGGGUUGAUUGUCUGUUCCAGGGAAAGCGGGUUAGUGGAGGGUCUGAUUACCGGGCUCCUAGGGAUUCGCAGAGUAUGAGGUUGGAGUUUGAGACCCAUCGCAGCUUCUCGUCUGGGCAGGCACCACGGAUAGAGGAAUUAUCGUUCUGGUCUGCGGAGAAUGGUGAUGAGCUCCAGUCGACUCGUGUCUCGUACUCCCAGCUCCUCGCAGACGCAGACGAGAAGGGCCGCGUAGACCGGAGGGCGCAGAUGGGGCGCAAUGUCCGACAUGGUGGAGUGGUCGAUGAGGUCGAGGAACUUGACCUCCUGGCCCUAGGCUUUGAAGACCUUGGCCAAUUUGAAGACCAGCACGAUUACGGCGUAUCUGGGGAGUUGUUAGGAUGGGAGGGCGUCGAGCAAAAGGACGGGGUCCAAAUCCAACAUUCGAACUUGUAA